UUUUCCCAUCAGUAUUAUCAUUUUGUGCCGUAUGAAAGACGGAGAGGGACUUGUAUAGCUUGUUUUAGCACGGGCAGAUUUCCGCCCCUUACUCUGUCGUGAUUCGACCGCUACACAGGUGUUAAGGCGACAAGAUGCACAGCUCUUGUCAUUCGCUCGUUCAUAUGGAGAAAAGCAAUACACUAAACGACUUCGCUGUGGUACCAAGAUCAUAGUUUUUUGGAUCCAAACAGCUCGCUUCGGUAGGCUAUUCCUCAUGCAAUUUUCAGAAAUACGCAGAUAAAAAUACGUGCGUGGGAUACCUUCUGGUUUCUGUACAUUGCAGAGGAUACAAAAGAAUUCGAGACGAGAAAGAGAAUCCUACGUUAGAUCGUGGAUACAAGUGGCAGAGCGAUGAAGGUUAUGGCAGUCCGCAGCACACACUGGAUUCACUAUUCUUUAUUCGCCCCAAUCGGAACAGCGUCCCUGAAAGUGCCGCUGCGUCGGAGACGAGCUUGUUUCACUCGAUGCCUUUGAAGCGUCUCAGCCAGGAUAUUCAUCGAAUAAGAAGGUUGUUCUCAUUUUCCGCUCAACAUCGUUGGAUGCGAAGUUACACAGAGAUGAGUGUUGCAGAACCUUUCGCCUCGUGUGGUCCCGCCGUAGUCCAUGACGCUUUUGCAGUUUAAACGGACCAUUUUGGCUUUCCCCAGGCAAGCAGCCGCUACAUCCGACCGUCUUCAAAACUAUACUCUUGUGUUUCGGUAGUGGAUUGUUAAAUCACGCCCAAUUCUUUGCCGAUAGGAUUGACUCUGGAUUAAAGGUUUUGUUAUUUCGGGUGACCUUACGGUCUCGAGCCUACUCUGGAAUUCAAAGAUAGUCCGAUACCCGUGCAUAUUCCGUUAACGAGCAGGCUUCGACAUCUGGAGUUUAGAAGUCACCAUUUAAUAUAACUUUUACGAUUUGGAACAUAUUUAAUCGGAUGUGAAGAAUGCCAGCGGAUGUGUGUUUUUUUUUUCUCUUGUUGUGUGUGAUAUGUUACUCAUUUGAGAAUACUGAAAUAGUCAGUAGUCAACGAAGAGAAAAGGAAUAUUGAAACAUUUCUGGAGACACGCCUGCCCUCAACUUCGGCUGCAUUUUGAUGCGACUGGCCAAAGGUUGCAUUGAUCUUAUUACCCAGAAUUCCCCAAGAGAACACUAUGUUUGCUUGAGAUGAGUUACAAAGGAAGAGCCUUCAUCUCUGGACCAGGAAGCUGAUAAGCCAUGGAGAGGUUCAUUUUGUGCUUUAUGCUGAUGGGGGUUCUGGUGCAUGGGCAGCACUGCCCAGGCCGCUGCAUCUGCCAGACAAUCUCCCCGACCCUGACCCUGCUUUGUGCCAAGACCGGCCUGCUGUUCGUGCCUCCGACUAUUGACCGCAAGACUGUAGAGUUGAGGCUCACGGACAACUUCAUCACAUCUGUCCGCAAGAAAGACUUCCUCAACAUGACCAGCCUUGUGCACUUGACGCUCUCUCGGAACACCAUCAGCCAGAUCGCUCCACAUGCCUUCGUUGGGCUCAAAGCUCUGAGGGCGCUGCACAUGGAUGGUAACCGGCUGACGGAAGUAAGAAACGACCAGUUGAAAGGCCUGGUCAAUCUGCGGCACCUCAUCUUGGGUAACAACCAGAUCCACCACAUUGAUCCUUCAGCUUUUGAGGAGUUUGUGUCCACCAUUGAGGACCUAGACUUGUCCUACAACAACCUGAGGACAUUGCCUUGGGAGGCCAUUGCCAAGAUGACCAACAUAAACACAUUGACACUGGACCACAACCUUAUUGACCACGUAGGAGCUGGAACAUUCACGCUGCUCACCAAACUAGUUCGCCUGGACAUGACAUCGAACCGCCUGCAGAAGCUACCACCCGACAGCCUCUUCCAGCAUGCUCAGGUGCUCUCCGACCCCAAGGGCUCUUCCAGCUCAUCAAGGCUGACUGUGAGCUUCGGCGGGAACCCUCUUCACUGCAACUGCGAGCUGCUGUGGUUGAGAAGGCUGACAAGAGAGGACGACCUGGAGACCUGUGCCUCACCUGAGCACCUGAUGGACAAAUACUUCUGGUCCAUUCAGGAGGAGGAAUUUAUCUGUGAGCCACCACUCAUUAUCAAGCACCACUCCACAAAGCCCUAUGUGAUGGAGGGGCAGGGAGUCACACUCAAAUGUAAGGCUAUGGGCGAUCCGGAUCCCACCAUCCACUGGCGCUCACCUGAUGGCAAGCUGGUGCACAACAACACCCGUACUGUCCUGUAUGAUAAUGGAACACUGGACAUCCUCAUCACCACUCUGAAAGACAGUGGUGCCUUCAACUGCGUUGCCUCCAAUGCAGCAGGCAUUGCCACAGCAGCUGUAGAGGUUAACAUGAUCCCGCUGCCACUGUUCGUCAAUAAUACUGGUCACAUGAGGGAGGCGGACCCAGGCCUCUCUGACAUCACCACCUCCACCAAAUCUGGGAACAAUGACACCAAGCUGCAGGACAAGAGAGUGAUGGUGGAUGAGCUGACCUCCAACUCAGCCAUGAUUCACUGGCCUUCUGAGAGACACAUCCCAGGGAUUAGGAUGUACCAAAUCCAGUAUAACAGCACCCUCGAUGACACACUCGUCUACAGGAUGAUCCCCUCUGACAGUAAGAGCUUCCGUAUCAAUGACCUGGCGGCUGGGCGGGACUACGAGCUAUGCGUGCUCGCGGUGUAUGAUGAUGGCAUCACGUCCCUGACAGCAACACGUGUUGUUGGCUGCGUGCACUUCCGUACGGCACCCGAGGCUGGCCAGUGCCGUUUCGUGCACAGCCAGUUCCUGGGUGGCACCAUGAUCAUUAUCCUGGGUGGUGUCAUCGUGGCUUCUGUGCUGGUCUUCAUCGUCAUCCUCAUGAUCCGCUACAAGGCGUAUGGUGGCAGUGACGGCAGCAAGGCCAAGGCCACCGAUGUGGCGACACCUCCACUGCCAGGCGGGAGCCAGAGCCGGUCAGGAGCUGCCGAUUCCAAGCAGCAAGCCCCACCUGGGGAGGAGAGUGCAUGCUGGAGGGAGUCCUCACCCAGGAUGGACUGCCAGGCACUCGUGCUGCUCAGCCUGGAGAAUGAGACUCGGGAGGAGCCAAAAGCACAUCUCCCAUCACCAUCGCCCACCCCUGGCUCCGAGGCUCUCAUGGCCACACCUGCCCCUGCAGUGUCCAGGCGGGCAAGCUUGGGUGGCCCACCCUCAGAGGACACCCAAACGGACAGCAGCCCAACGGGCUCCACAAUGUCCCUGUGCCUGAUAGGCCCAUCAGCCGGUGAUGGUCCCUCGCGCUCCAGGGACAGCAAGGGAGCACUGGUGGGUAUGGGCCUGCUGCCUGGCGAGCUAGCCAGAGCAAGGCAUCGCUUUUCCUUUGAUGGGGACUACGCGCUAUUUCAGAGCCACAGUUACCCACGCCGGGCACGGACCCGGCGACACAAGUCCACAACGCAGCUCAACGCAGACGUCUCACCGCCCACCAGCCGGAGGGGCACAUUCAGCAGCACGGAGUGGAUGCUGGAAAGCACAGUGUGAAGGAGGCACACAUGCACAUACACAACUGACUACAAACUAUAAUGCUCCUAUUUACACACACGUGCACACAGACUCAUAUGCACAACAAACUGAACACACUCACAUACUCCUACAUAAACACGAAAUACUCGUAGAGUUACACACUCACACACACACAGAGAUACGCAUGCACAAACUUUCCUCAUGUGUGUCUUUGUCCAGAUUACAUUAGUGUUCAGUGUUUUGUUUGAGAGCACAGUGUGGCUCCAUCCUGCCUCCUCCUGAUGUCCAAGAAACAGAGUGAGAGAAAGAAUGCUACAAAGCUUCAAAGGGAAGGAAUGAAAGAGAAAGAGAGAUAGAGAGAGGCAGUUGCUAUGUCCCUUCUGAUAAUGCAGCGGUGCCUUAUUCCUGAACAUGUACCAAUGGAGGAUGCUGCUACAUGUGACACACACACACACACACACAAAAUAAACAAACAAAAAACACCACCAUCACACUGACCUAAUCAUAUCAUUCCAAUAGAUUCAACCAUAUGCACACACACACACACUCACAUACACACACACCACUGUCUCCCCACCUCGGGUUGUCCUCAUGACUACGUGGGAAUACGUCAUUAUUAUUUUUUUGUCGUGUUUUGUUAUUUUUAUAUGUGAUGCCAAGGUGAGAGGCCGAUGGAUAUCUCUCUAUUUGCAGUUUCCUUUUCAUAAAAUUUGAUGACAAUGAAGAUGAUAAAUGUCCUAGCGAGAGCCUGGGUGAUAUCUUACUAUGUGUCAGCUAAUUUAAAGACUUUUGCACAGAAGACACGAAAUAAUAUGGACAAGUAUCACACCAGUUUAUACAACAUAAAAAGACAUCUGAAUAGAGCUAUACACAUACCGAUUGCUUUAGUUAGAAUGAGCAUCUGAGCCUGGUAAAUUCUGUGGACUCCUUUAGGCAAAAUUGACUAUAAAUAUCAUAAAAUGUGUCAUUCUUCAAGUGACUGUAUGAUAGUAAUCGGUAUUGUAUCUGGCUGGUCUAGAUAAAAAAAAAAAAAGACAACUGCAAGAACAGAAACAAAAUCUACAUAUAUAAAUAUAUUACAAUCUAUCACUGUAUGUGUUCUAAAUAUGUAAGUCAUAGGUCACAUGACUUUUUACAAAGCAUUCUGGGUGAUGGCCACACAUUUUUACAUUAAAAAUUUGGGUCAUCACAUCUCCCCUUAAUUUAGUAUAUUAAAGUUUUGACCACUUACCCCUGAUGAAAGGGGAUUAAAGAUUUUUUCUUUGUGUGGGUUGGCUGUA